GGUUGGGGGCGGAAGAUGGCGGCGACGCGUCGCUCGCAGCACCACCACCACCCGCCACCGCCGCCCACCCCCGCCUCGCCGCCAGCCGCCUCCCCGCCGCGCAGCCCCAGCCUGUCCGCGGCCGCCGCAGCGCCCUCCGCGCCGCGCCACAGCCUGGCCGGGCCCGAGGGCGAGGCGCCCCCCUCGGCGGGCGGCGGCCGGGACGGCGGCCCCGAGCGGCCCCCGCGCCCGGACAGCCCCGACAGGACGACCGCCGCCGGGCCCCCCCUGCCGCCGCCCGCCGCCAGCAGCAGCAGCAGCAGCAGCUCCGGCUCUUCGUCCUCCGCCUCGUCCUCGUCGUCGUCCGCCGCCUCCAGCCCCGCGGCCGACAGCCCGGAGCAGCCGGCCGGUCCCGGGCCUGGGGCCGGCAGCGGCGCCUUCCGCGAGCUGCUGGAGGCCUGCCGCAAUGGGGACGUCACCCGCGUGAAGCGCCUGGUGGACGCGGGCAACGUCAACGCCAAGGACAUGGCAGGGCGGAAAUCCACCCCCCUGCACUUCGCCGCUGGUUUUGGAAGAAAGGAUGUGGUAGAACACUUGCUGCAGACUGGAGCCAAUGUUCAUGCACGUGACGAUGGAGGGCUAAUACCCCUUCAUAAUGCUUGCUCCUUUGGUCAUGCUGAGGUGGUUAGCCUGUUACUGUGUCAAGGGGCAGAUCCAAAUGCCAGAGACAAUUGGAACUACACUCCUCUGCAUGAAGCUGCUAUCAAAGGCAAGAUAGAUGUGUGCAUUGUGCUGCUGCAGCAUGGAGCCGAUCCGAACAUUCGGAACACUGAUGGGAAAUCAGCCCUGGACCUGGCAGAUCCUUCAGCAAAAGCUGUACUCACAGGUGAAUACAAGAAGGACGAACUCUUGGAAGCUGCUAGGAGCGGUAAUGAAGAAAAACUAAUGGCUUUAUUGACUCCUUUAAAUGUGAACUGCCAUGCAAGUGAUGGGCGCAAAUCUACUCCAUUACAUCUAGCAGCAGGCUAUAACAGAGUUCGAAUAGUCCAGCUUUUGCUUCAACAUGGUGCUGAUGUUCAUGCCAAGGACAAGGGUGGACUUGUGCCCCUUCAUAAUGCAUGCUCAUAUGGACACUAUGAAGUCACAGAAUUGCUACUUAAGCAUGGAGCCUGUGUUAAUGCUAUGGACCUCUGGCAGUUCACACCUUUACAUGAGGCUGCUUCUAAGAAUCGUGUAGAAGUCUGCUCUUUGUUGUUGAGUCAUGGUGCAGAUCCAACACUAGUCAAUUGUCAUGGCAAGAGUGCUGUUGAUAUGGCUCCAACACCAGAACUGAGAGAGAGACUGACUUAUGAAUUCAAAGGACAUUCUUUACUGCAAGCAGCCAGAGAGGCAGACCUAGCGAAAGUAAAAAAGACACUUGCUUUGGAGAUCAUUAAUUUCAAACAGCCACAGUCGCAUGAGACUGCACUGCACUGUGCUGUGGCUUCCCUGCACCCUAAACGAAAACAAGUUACUGAACUGUUGCUCAGGAAAGGAGCUAAUGUUAAUGAGAAAAACAAAGACUUCAUGACGCCUUUACACGUUGCAGCUGAAAGAGCUCAUAAUGAUGUCAUGGAAGUUCUGCAUAAACAUGGAGCAAAGAUGAAUGCACUGGACACACUUGGUCAAACAGCUUUGCACAGAGCUGCUUUAGCAGGUCACUUGCAAACCUGUCGCCUCCUGCUGAAUUACGGCUCUGAUCCCUCUAUCAUCUCGUUACAAGGUUUCACAGCAGCACAGAUGGGAAAUGAAGCAGUACAACAGAUUCUAAGUGAAAGUACACCUGUUCGCACAUCUGAUGUGGAUUAUCGACUGUUAGAAGCAUCCAAAGCUGGAGAUUUGGAAACUGUGAAGCAACUCUGCAGCCCUCAGAAUGUGAAUUGCAGAGAUUUGGAGGGACGUCAUUCAACGCCACUGCACUUUGCUGCAGGUUAUAACCGUGUGUCUGUAGUAGAAUAUCUUCUGCACCAUGGGGCAGAUGUGCACGCCAAAGAUAAAGGAGGGUUGGUACCCCUGCAUAAUGCCUGUUCAUAUGGACACUAUGAAGUAGCUGAGUUAUUAGUGAGGCAUGGUGCCUCUGUCAAUGUGGCAGACCUGUGGAAAUUCACCCCUCUACAUGAAGCAGCGGCAAAAGGAAAAUAUGAAAUCUGCAAGCUGCUUCUAAAACAUGGAGCAGAUCCAACAAAAAAGAACAGAGAUGGCAACACUCCUCUGGACUUGGUGAAAGAAGGAGACACAGAUAUACAGGACUUACUGCGAGGAGAUGCUGCCUUGCUAGAUGCUGCCAAAAAGGGUUGUCUGGCAAGAGUGCAGAAGCUAUGUACUCCAGAAAAUAUCAAUUGCAGAGACACCCAGGGAAGAAAUUCAACACCGCUACAUCUUGCAGCUGGUUACAAUAAUUUGGAAGUAGCUGAAUACCUUCUAGAACAUGGUGCUGAUGUUAAUGCCCAAGAUAAAGGAGGAUUAAUCCCUCUCCAUAAUGCAGCAUCCUAUGGGCAUGUGGAUAUAGCAGCACUGUUGAUUAAAUACAACACAUGUGUAAAUGCAACAGAUAAAUGGGCAUUCACACCAUUGCAUGAAGCAGCACAAAAAGGAAGGACACAGCUGUGUGCUCUGCUAUUAGCUCACGGAGCAGAUCCAACCAUGAAGAACCAAGAAGGUCAAACACCUUUAGACCUGGCAACAGCAGAUGACAUCAGAGCUCUGCUGAUUGAUGCAAUGCCUCCAGAAGCCUUGCCUACCUGUUUUAAACCUCAAGCUACUGUCGUUAGUGCCUCUCUAAUUUCACCAGCAUCUACUCCCUCUUGUCUCUCUGCUGCCAGCAGCAUAGAUAACCUUACAGGGCCUCUGGCAGAACUAACAGUAGGAGCAGCCUCCAAUGCUGGGGACGGAGCAGCAGGAACAGAAAGAAAAGAAGGAGAAGUCACUGGUCUUGACAUGAACAUCACGCAGUUCCUGAAAAGUCUUGGUCUUGAACAUCUUCGGGAUAUCUUUGAAACAGAGCAGAUAACCCUUGAUGUGUUGGCAGACAUGGGGCAUGAAGAGUUAAAAGAAAUUGGCAUUAACGCAUAUGGACACCGUCACAAAUUAAUAAAAGGUGUAGAGAGACUUCUAGGAGGGCAACAAGGCACCAAUCCUUACUUGACGUUUCACUGUGUGAGCCAGGGGACUAUUCUCCUUGACCUUGCUCCUGAUGAUAAGGAGUACCAGUCAGUAGAAGAGGAGAUGCAAAGUACAAUCAGGGAACAUAGAGAUGGUGGGAAUGCUGGAGGGAUCUUCAAUAGAUAUAAUGUCAUCAGGAUUCAAAAGGUUGUGAACAAGAAGCUGAGGGAGAGAUUCUGUCAUAGACAGAAAGAGGUCUCAGAGGAAAACCAUAACCAUCACAAUGAACGCAUGUUGUUUCAUGGAUCUCCUUUUAUUAAUGCUAUUAUUCACAAAGGAUUUGAUGAAAGACAUGCAUACAUUGGAGGGAUGUUUGGAGCUGGAAUUUACUUUGCAGAAAACUCUUCUAAAAGUAACCAGUAUGUGUAUGGAAUUGGGGGAGGAACAGGCUGCCCAACACACAAAGACAGGUCCUGUUACAUCUGCCACAGACAAAUGCUUUUCUGUAGAGUGACGCUUGGAAAAUCCUUCCUGCAGUUCAGUACAAUGAAAAUGGCUCAUGCCCCUCCGGGGCAUCACUCUGUAAUUGGCAGGCCAAGCGUGAAUGGACUUGCAUAUGCUGAAUAUGUUAUCUACAGAGGAGAGCAGGCUUACCCAGAAUACCUAAUUACAUACCAGAUUGUGAAACCAGAAGCUCCCUCACAGACCACAACAGCAGCAGAGCAAAAGACCUAGUAACUGUAGAGCAGUGAAGAAAAAUAUGGUUUAAAUCUUGGACUGUGUGAUGUGCGUUUCAGAAAAUCAAUAUCGUAUAAAAUUCUUGACAACUUGGAAAUAAGCUGUAUGUCUUUUAUAAAGCAUUGCUAUAUUGAGAAAUAUAAUAUGAGUAACUGAUGCAGGCUCCACUGCUACUGUUCCUGUUGAGGAAAUGUUUACAAGGGACUGCCUUUUAAUAACAUAUCUCAGGCUCAUACUCACUGCAGUAACCAUGUUACAAUGCGGCUUUGAUCUAGAUUUUGGGAACAUUAUUCUACAAGCAGAAAACUUAACCAGUACUACUCCACAUUUUAAUAUUUCAAACACUACUGUUCUGGUUAUUUUAUUUACAGAUAAAUUGCAUUAAACCCAUCAUUUCUUUUCAGCCUACGGCAUCCAUUCUGUGUUUUAAGGUGAUCUUAUCUAUUUAUUUUACUACUUUUAUAUUCCGAAAUUGAGCCAGAACCUUCUUAAAGAUGUUUUGCACAAAGUCAGGUUGACUAAAUCAUUAACAAUGCAAUAUGAGUUUCAUCCAAGAAGGGGCUAGGUCUUGUUUUUCAGUUUAGGGGUCUUUUGCACUUCAAUGAGCAAAUGUAGCUACAAGCAUAACUUUAGGGUAGAAGCAAAUCAUGUUUCAACUUGCUGCUUAGUCUACGUGUCAGUUUUCUAGGGAGAUCUCUAGGAAUUAUUCACAAGCCUCAUCAAUUAUAUAAAGCUGCCUCUUGUGCUUGGUAAAACUUUAUGAAGCACGUCAUCGCCCUCUGCUGGCUAAACUAUAGCUGUUGCUAUAAAUGAAAGUUUAAUAAGACUGCUUUGAUAAGAUUGUGAAAUGUUCUUGAGUGACCGUGGCAUAUGGUUUAAUAGGAGCUGGAAAUUAUUGGGUAAAAAGCAAAAAUAUUGUGUGCACGUCUGUGAACCCAGGUGUGUGUUGAAGAGGCCCCCACAAGUAAGAAUGAUGGGUUUUUAAUGUUGGGUUCAUGUCACAUCUUCAUGUGCAACAUCAGCAUUGAAGAGCUUACAUCAUUUUUAAAAAAAUUAAUGCAUUUAUCUUUCCACCUGUACGUCACUGAUUUUAAACAUCAGUUGGAGAACAAAGCCAGGGCUCGUUCAUCCUAAUCCCCCCUUACACGUUCCUGAUUUCAUUUUGCCGGGGUAGAAGAAAGUUAUUGUCAAACAUUGCUUCAUACCUUAUAAAACCAAUGUCCAACAUGGAGGAUGCUAAUCUAGCACCAGCAAAUAUUGGCUCCUUGUUUGGUUUAUACCUCUCAAAUUUGGAGAGGAGAAAGUAAAAGAAUCAAAUGAUUUUAAGGUUUGUUUUGUAACACCUUAUGUCACGAGGUGCCCUGUAGUGUUUGUUAUGCAGUGCAAAAUGUAAAUCUAAGAGGGCUGUACAUUUUACUCAUGCCUAACAACCAGAGCUGUUAAAUUGCCCAUGUUACAAGUCUUGCGCUAAUGCUUUUUUCUCCACAAAAAGUACUGAAAUGAUAGCAUAGUGUUGCGCUUACUUUCCAAGUAUAUCCAUAUCCUUGUGAAUAGGCCUUGUAGGGAUUUUUUGACAAACAAAGCAAAAAUAUCUGAGGGAGUUUUCCAUUUUCCAUAGAAAAAUGAGGGAGAAUUUUAGAGCUAUUCUGGCAGAGCGCAAAUUUUACCACUUAUAAAGUUAGUUGUUUGACGCAGACUUGUGAAAGUGCACGUCCUCUUAUAUUAUGUACCUAAAGAAAGGGUUAGAAGCAGCAGUUCUAGCGAUUAUUAGUCCUUUUUUUAUUUUUCAUGAGUCUGCUGUGCUGGCACUGGACAUAUGAUUCUGAGUUUGGUUUUGUGACUCUCUUAAAAACACUUCUUCAGGUCCAAACCAGAACCAGACCUGCUUGUCCUUUUAACUAAAUUUCAGUGGCACAAGUUGUGUGUUGUAUUUUGGCUACUUGUUUAAUAGUGUUAGAAUUCAAAUGGUCAUAACUGGGCUUGGAAGUUUUGUAUUCAUUAUUUAGGGUUUUAUGUUUAGUUAACCAUGGGUUGGGUUGUGUGCCAUCUGCAGUAGAGUGUCAGAUAGCUGUGAAAGUGUGCGUUGCCUACCGUCUCCAUUUAGACAUAGUUUUAAAUGGUAAAACGGUUGUGUUUCUUAGUUAAGAGGAGUGGUUAACAUGGGUGUGACAGUUCAAAGCUUUACAGCUUUAAAAAACCCACACCUGAUUCUGUUGUUGUUUGUUGUUUCAAAUAUACUAAUUGAACUAAUGGCUGCUCUCAGUUUCAGCUUGGAGUCCUAAACUUCUAGAAGAUAAAUAUGUGGUCCAAUAUCUUUGACCUGCCAGUGUUAUGUAUCUGAUGUUCUGUGCAGAGUAAAGGUGCUGUGUGAGGAAAUCUUUUGCAGUGGUUUUUGUCUUGUAAUGACUUGGUCUUGUAAUUGUUCAUGGCCAGACAUUGGAAAAUGCAUGUGCCUGAUGCAUCUGCUAAAGGUCAUUCACAUAUCGCAGAAGCCAGAUAUGGUUCUCAGCAAAAGAAAACGAGGGCGGUUCUUGGCUGCUGUACUUUCUGAUAGCUCCUUUACAGCUUGGACCAUGUGGGGAUUGACCCUCAAAUAUUCAGCCCGUGUACUUGUUCUGCUGAAAAUAAAUAACAAAUUAGCCCUGCUUCCAGUGGCAGAGCCCACACCUGAAGCCAGAGGAAGAACCUUUUAGAAGAGGAGGGUGCUACAUUCACUGAGUGGCUGAAUUUGCUGCAUCUUGAUCCUCUUUAUCCUAUAAAGUGGCAUUCAGGUGCAUAGGCCUCUCAUGUAAGCCUUCCUGGAUAAGGCGCAUACCUUGUACACAUGCUCUCACAUACACACCUGCCACUAGCAGUGAGAAUGCUCAAGGCUCCAAAAGGCCUGCAAGUGUCUCAGCAUGAGAGUGUUUGAUGGAAGGGCAAAUCCAUUCCCAGUGCAUUCAGGACAUUGCAUCCCUGACCUUGUAAUACCAGUGGAGACACGUGAGGAGUUCAGUGUUCAGGACAUGAGCUAGGGUCUCCAGAUGGAAAAAACAACCCAAGCCCUGCCAUCCCAUCAGAUGGGCAUGGGCAGUUUCCACUGACUGGAUUUCUGUUAACUGGCUGUGAGCAGCUCCUUUCCUGCCCAGCUAACGGAAAACACUCAGUCCAAGAUAUGAAGAGACUAGCAGACUUCUUUUCAGAAUGUGCUUGACUUUUACCACUUUGUGUGUGGAAAUCUGUGGAAGCAUUUUGGCUGAGGGGAAAGAACAGGGUUAUAUCUUGGGCCUGUCAGCCUUUAACAGGAUCCCUGUAAGGCAGCGAAUUGUGAAGCUUCUGCAUGCUUUGCCACAUAACCAGUACAAUAAAAGUGCUGCUUAAAAUAAAUUCCACUAGCAUUGUUUCAAUGAGACACAUAAAUGAGGUAGCUAAUAUACAGUUUUACAGUCUAACAUUGCAACUGGAAUGUCAGCAAAACUUCUGUUACAUAAAAACAGAAAUAAGAGUACAAUACCUUCAUAAGGUGUAUCUUUUUUGUCUGCUGAUCUCUUCAGAUCCCAGCUCCAUUAAAGAUUAUUCCAAACUCUCUGUAUCAUCUUAGCGUUUGUUGAGCAUAUUGUUGCUUUUGAUUGCUGAGAACAAGAAUGGUGUAUCUCUCAUCUCUCUCGCACCUAAUGUGACCAAAUCCCAUUCUGACAAAGCAAACCAGAAAAUACUAUGUUCCCAACACCAUCACAGUGUGCAGCAGAAGCUCAUCCAUUAUUUUACCUAUGGACAUAAACCUUGUUAUUCAUGACUAAUAGGACAGGCCUGAAAUAAAAUUCAUUUAAAAAAGAACUCUCCAAGCUCUACUCUCUGAUGUUGGCACUGGUGACAGCGAGGACAGAUGCAGAGUAGGUACUUUAUCUCCAGUGAUUGAAUAACUCCUGGAGAAAAGAACUGCCAUUCCCAGAGUCAGAAUCCCAAGUCUCACAGCCCUGGGUUUUGUAGGCAAGAAUGGUAUGUGCUUCCAACUGUCUUCAUGCACGCAUCUGCUCUGACAAGUAGAGACUCCAGGAAACUGCCUAAGCUGGACCCUGCUCUCUUCCAUUCUGUUAUCUUCUGACAGCUGCAGACCCUUGGGGAUUUCUGCCAUACCAGCAAAUCCCACCAAAUCCUGCUGUUCUAGAGCAGUUAUAGAGGAGGUUGUUAUUGAGCAGUAAAUUCUUUGUUACCUAGAAUUCACAAUAUGAUUGCUUACAAAAUAUGACCUGUUUGCCCUUGUACAAGUGCUGGAAAAGAAGUCAUGAACAGAACACAUUCUGAUUGUUUGCACUGUCAGUGAGACUUACAUGAAAUUAGUGUUAGGUGGGAGUGUUAGUUAGGAUCCCGGUCAUUUUUGCGGAAAAUUUGUCUCAGUUUCCUUGCUGUUGUAUGGCUUCAGGGUAUCCACGUACAAAUGUAUGCACAGCUCAGAAGUCCAGAACAUGGACUAUCUAACCUGUGACUCAGUAGUUGUAAAACAAUACUGUAAUUCUGGACAAAAAAAUUGUUAAUGACUCUUCUGGAAUUUAUGACUUUGGAAAUGUUUCUAGACUUUAAUCCACUUGUGGGUAAAACUGCUGAUGUUCAAGUAAUGUAGCAGUGGGCACUCUACCAAAUUUUAAAGUAGAUGGGAUACAAAGAGUAAAUGAGUUGUAGUAUUCCCAACAAAUCUGAAUAUAUGAUAUAUAGGAAACGUCCAAGUUCUGGCACAGCAUAUGAGAGAAACUUCUGGAGAAAAAUAAAUGAGUCCCAAGAGUCAGUAGGUGAUAAGGGGAAACAAAUUAUGCAUUGCACAUUACACAAAUACAUAUGCCUGUCAGUGCUUAUUAUCUGACUGUUUUGAUACAUCUAUUUCUGUCGCUCUGAAUUUUUUGGUGGCAAUUUUUAGUGUUGGCUCCCUUAAGUUAAUUACUGAUGUAGUCUGAUUAGCGUGUUUAUGUAUUACCAGGUAAUUUCAGCAGUGCUUUCUUCUGAACAUCUGCAGAACUAUUUUCGGCUUUGGGAACUGCUCUGGGGACUUUUCUUUGCAACAGCCUUUUGGGCUUAUGUGUAUUGAUCUCUGAUUGCUUCCUCUCAUCCCCCAUGACAAUGUAUUUGGCUUAGAGUUUUUAGAUUUUUGUAUAACUUGUCUUAAUAACUAGCCCUGUAUGUUUCCUCUUGUGUGCCUUCCAUUUGACAUCCAUCUUCUCUAAUCUUCACCUUUGUUGUUAUGAUCUGGAGCUGGGAUACCACUUAUUUAUUUCAUCCUCUACCCUCUCUCUAAAAGACAAUGAGCAGAUUCGCAGCCUACCUACAUGGUGGAACUUUAGAUAACAUCUCUGUAACAACUGAGUUUGUUCUAUAAUUGUGCUUUGGCUAAUUGUCUGAUCUGCAGUACUUGUAACAGUUUAAAAUUCAAUAAAUACAUUUUUAACAGUU